UGGGGGACACCCGUUCUCGAAGUUGGCAGCAGCCUACGUAGCUCUUGUGUUGAGUGCUGUCAAAAAAAGCGGAGAAAUAAGUGGGUGUUGUAAUUUGUUCCGUUUUAUUUGUGAAGCGCGCUUUCUUGCGAAGAUCGUGAUAUGUGAAAACCGUAAUUUACACUUCGUGUAUUAACCUAAGGAUAGCAGCAAGAAUGCCACCAAAGUUUCGAAGAUAUCUUUCUGAGGAAGAUGUCACAGAGGCUGCUGAGCCUGAAAAGGAAAAGCUAUUGCAAGAUGAAGAAGAUGAAGAUUUUUUCCUGAAGGGACCAACAUCAAGCGGGAAAACUCUGACGAUCCAAGAUAAAAAGCUGCGAAGGGUGCAGUUUCAAGUAGAUGAAGUCUCAAGCAUCAUGAAGGACAACAUUGAAAAAAUUAUGGAACGAGGGGAAAGGUUGGAAGACCUUGAAGAAAAAUCAGAUUCUCUUGCCACAAAUGCUGAUCAAUUUUGGUCUACGGCAAAGAAGAUGCAGAGUCGUAUGUGGUGGCGUAACAUGAGGGUGAAGGUACUACUGGUUCUAGUCAUCCUGGUGAUUUUGCUAAUCAUAUUUGUGCCGAUAAUAGUGCGGAACUCUUGAAGAUGUUUGUGCAGACCAUGGUUGAACAUUUUCACUAUAAGCAAUGUUGUAAAUUUGUUGCUUGAAUUCAUAGCCUGUAUGUACCAAGGUAUCUUUGUACUUAUACAUGUAUUGCUUUAUUUUUUUACUUGUAGAGUUUUGUAAAUGUUGGCUUUCUAUGACAUCCCAUAGGUAUAUUUCUGGCAACUCAAUUUUGGCAUCUAUUUGUCAAUGCAUUUUGCAGCAUUACUGUCAAUUGAAGUGUGCAGCAAGCUAUCUAGUCGUGUCUUGGCACUGAAACUUUGAAAUGGUGAAAUUGUUUUCUGAAUACAAACAUGUUAAGUUAAAAUGCUUAUUGAUUACUUCAUUAUACAUUGAAUGAAAUAGUUAUUGGCCAACAAAGCAUUACUCAUUUGCUGUAUUUAUUGCACAUCUGCUUUUCUGAAAUAUUUAUUUUUAUUGAAAUACUUGCUUGAGAACAAUAAAAUGGACACCGACCACGAAAGUUCACAUAAAAGUAAGACGUUUUGAGAUGCAGUCAAACCCGGCUGUAUCGAACUCUGUUAAAUCGAAUUAUCCUUUAUAUUGAACGAUUUUCAAGCACGACAACGCUGUAUUGUCAAUACGUAGGAAAGUUUACGGCUACAUUGAACGAAAUUAGCCUUAAGAUUUGAUAUAUGGAACAUCAACCAAUGCGAAACACCCCAAGAAGUUGGCCUUCCCUCACAAGACGGCAUUUUCUGACGAAAGGGGACUUCCCAGCAUGCAUUUGGGGUGUGAUUUAAGAGGGCUCCACGCAGAGGGGGUAGAAACUACCGCUUGCCAUGGCCUGCUUUCUCCCAUGAUUGCUCGUCAUCGCGCCCGACGGCCCUUCGUGCGCGGUCGUCGUUCGCUUCUCAGCUCCCUUUGCUAACGCAAUAGCUACCGUAAAAUGGACGAUCCUAGCUGUUCUCCGCAAGGCUGGCGAAAUCAACACAGUUGAACGUAGAGAAAAGAAGUCUGACGUUGCUGCUGUGCACAGCGUCCCAAGAAGCAAGCUGAGUACGAUAUCGAAAAACAAGACCGACAUUAGGUUCGGGACACUAGAGGCUUCUGGCGCCCGACGAGUGCGCACAGCUGUGUGUGAAAAUGUUGAGGGCCUGCUAUAUCGACACCGUACUUUCUCGUGCGUAACCCACCCCUGCGUAUAACCCGCAACCCCCAACUACAAAUCACGACAAAUAAAAGAAAAAAAAAUCCCCGCGUAUUGCCGUGAAGCAGUCACCUUUGCAUUAUUGUGAAGCAGUGCUGUGAAGUCAACUUGUGCACCGAAAAUUUCACCGAAAAUGCGGCAAAUUCUUUAAAAGAUUUAUAUCGAAUUAUACAAUAUGUCGAACUAAUGCUCGUUUUUCUGCAGGUUGGAUAUAUGCGGGUUCGGCUGUACUUGCUUGUUCAAUGAUUUCUGUUCAGAAUGGCCGAAAUCAGAUGUCACUAGCUGCUAUUUAAUAAUGGAGCUGGAUAUUUCUUUCAGACGACACGGAAGAGCCUCGUGACCAGUUUGUAUGGAAAACUAGUUGAAAAGAUGUGCAGGAUUUUAAUUACGGUACUGCAAGAAUGUGGGUUUUGCAACCACUAUUUUGCAGUGCAACUACAGAAUGUUGAAGCUUCGUUGGAGAAGCUGCCUGCCUCACUGUAGUUAUGCUGUCGAAACCCACUAUAUUAAUCUGCAUAGACCAAAUAUUACUUUGCAUCAAGCAUUUAUUUCUGAAAACUUCCACAUAAAACUUGCUAAAAGCCUGAAGCAUAACUAAUAAAAAUAUCAGUAUCAGUGAUAUUUUAACCAAAGGUUGUGUUAAGAUGUUCAUGGCGACGUAGUGGGUCAUGGUGGAAUAUGCUGUGCAGGUGGCUGUGCUAAAAAGCAAUGCAGAUGAAAGUUCUUGUUGCUUCCUAUUUGAUUCAUUGUUUUUCCAUCUUUUUGGAGGACUUUGAGCACCAGUGGUGUAUGAUAGGCGAGCCAUUCAUGGGUUCAUUAUGCAUAGGAAUUUAUGCUUCAAAGGACAUUGCCACAGUGAAUGUGGUAAAUGAUAUGCAAGUAAUUUUUCUGAUAUGGUGAUCUGUGUGCAUGGGCAAAUUUAACACAUUGGCUACGGAGUGGAAUGAAGUUUGGGGCCUGAUCCACUUACAGUGGCAUAUUUUGGUGCAUCGGACUAGUAGCAUCAGGUGAAGUAGUUUUACAUGUGAUGAUGACAGUGCAGCGGAAACUCUUGUAGCCAUGAUAUUAUUGCAAGUCCUACUGUUAUGAACAGCGUUUUAAACAGAAGUGAACUUUGAAACCAAUGAAAUCUUUUUUUUUUAAUUUUCAUUUAAUCAGGGACACAAGAAGGGACGCAAUGAUUGCAUUGUCUUUUUCAUUAGGUAUUAUGUUUAUGCUGCGGCUUCAUGCUGCCGAGGACAAGCGGUAUAAGCUUGCUUGAAAGUUGCAGUCUUUUUAACAGUUCUUAAAUUAUCACACUUCAGAGCUGAUAAAAUAGAAUGUAGAAGAAAUGGAAGACUUAUGACUGACAUUUGUUAUUAAAAUUCUUGCUUGCAUGUCUGUUGAAAUGUUUUGAUGAACUAUAAUCUGAAAAAUGUACAUGAACCUCAGUAUAAUUUUUUCUUAUAAUUCAACACAAAUUUUUUCAUAGUUUAGAUGUAACGAGAUAUGACUAUGGCUCAGGGUAGUUAUUUGCCUGUAAAAAUAGGGACCGUCUUUGAAUAUUUGCAUGGAUGCCGCAUAAUGCUGCCUUCCGGAUCCUUUGAUGCACAUUGUUAGCUGAGAGUUGCCGUAUUCACUUGCAUGGUGCUCGCGCCAUUUUUCGUGGAACAUAUGAGUUGUCUGUGGGAAAACUGCACAAAAAAUUUUCCAAUGAUAUGUAUAUUCAGGGGGCUAGAAGAAUGAAAAAUAUAAAGUGGCUGUUUUUGGGGUUCUUACUCUAGUAACUGUAACAUAAUUUUACUUGCGGACUGCAUUUUCUUUUGGAAUAAAAGCACGGGUUCCACUCAAGCAGGAACUGCAAAAGUGCUCUUUUUGCAGACAAGAGCUGUACCUAUGGUCCGUAGACAGAUUAGUAAAGUGUCCAGGUUAUUCUGUGUCAGUGUCAACAGUGAUAUCAGGACAAGCAUACGACUGUCGCUGUAGCAGUUUGUGCGUGCAAUGAUUAUGCAAGGAAAAAAAAAAGAAAGUUCUAGCUGGGCAGGGUGGAGGAUGUGGGCAUUAUGCGAGGGCAAUUGUUAUGCGAGUAAACACGGCGAGUCUUUGAAGCACAAGUUGCUUGAAAAAAAAAAAAAAAAGCCAGAUCGCUGCCCUGGUGUAAGAAUGGCAUACAGGAGGGGUGUAUUUUUAGGCUUCGCUGGUGAGAGAGAGGUUGGAGAGUGCGGGAGUAGGUGGUUACAGCUGUCUAGCAGACCUCUGCACAUGUUUCUCUAUGUAUUCCGAUACAGGGACACUUAACUAUUGGAUAGACUGCCAUCUCUGGGCCCAUUUUUCUUCCAACGUGAUCUGUCUGAGCAUCAAUGUCUAUUUGUAGUGUGCCUAUUGUGGAUUUGUGUUUUGCGUGCAUGCAUUAUGGCAGCGUUACAAGUGGGCAACUACUGCAUGCAUGUGGGGCUGUGAAAUGUUUUGAGGUAAAUUCUAAUUUAAGAGGGAUUGAGUAUUAAGAGCAAGUAUUCAUUGCUAGGUAUUGCAGGAUUUUGAUGUUGCAGACAACAAAACUUCUAUUUUUAAAAGCUUCUUUCAAUAGUCGAUGUAACGCAAAAAAGUCGGAUGCAUGUCUAGAAUGCAUUACUUAUAGUGGAUUACCCAGCUAUCUGUUUUUUGAGGUUGUGUCGCUGGAUGGAAAACGUCGGCUGAUGGUCUAUGGUAAUCUAUGGUACAAAGUCCUGAAUGUAGUAUAGCGUCAAAAGGAAAAAAAGCAUUAGCUGAAACUUUGAUGUUAGCACACAUUAUUGUAUCGGUGAGGAAAACAGUAUUGACUUUUCAAAUUGUUGAAUGGCAAAUUUGUGUACAUGUACUAUGACACUUCCUGUGUAGAGUGCCCUGUUGCUUCUGUGAAGUGCCCACCACAUUGCCAGUAGUGCUAAUGAUGCCAGCUGAACAUUUAUGUACUGUUAUAAGGAUUAAAGAUGUUUAAAAAUA